AUAGUCACAACCGUUGCCUAGCAACGCUCAUCAACAUCAACACACACGGUAGCUCUUGACGUCCAAAACUAAAAAAAACAACACUUGCAAGUACUUCCAGAGAAACUACAGACCUAAAAAUGUCAGUACCUUUCUCCAACACUCACCUGCGGGUCCCGAGAGGUUUUGGUACCAUCCUGGAGGGACUGGCCCGAGAAGUCCUACGAGACCAGCCUGAAGAUAUUCCUAAAUAUGCUGCAAAUUACUUUGAGGUUCUUCUUAAACAAAGAGAAGAUAGUGGCAUGGACCCUGCUGAGUGGGCUGCUCAACUGGAAGAUAGAUUUUAUAACAACCAUGCAUUCAAGGCUAGAGGGAGCACUCCUAAAAACGUGCCUGCAACAGAGGAGACCACGUCCAAAGAAGAAUCACAUGAGUCCCAUACUGAAGAUGAAACCAGUCACUCAGAAGAAGCCUCAAAGCUUUCCACCACACAACCUAAUGUCUCUGAAGAAGAUGAUUUAACUCAAAGCACGGGGGGAGGAGAAGAAGAAAAGCACGAUAUUACAGAGAAGCACAGUAUUUUAACAGAGAAGGAACCUUCUGAAGAGGAGUCAGUCAGCAAGCUCCAAGAUACAGAUGUGCAGCCAGAUGAACUGAGCGGGACAGACGAGGAGGAAGAUGAAACAAUAACUACAUUUGAUCAAGUUGACAGGGCAGCUAAUGAAAAAGAUAUCAGCUCUGUUCCAGACCAAGAUAUACCUCAGUCUGAGUUAGAGGCCUCUGACUUGUUAUCAUUCAGAGGCAUUUCAAAUGUAGAUGUGUGUGCUCAGGAGUUGGCAGAAGAUGAGGAAGGUGAUAACCAAGAGACUGCAGGUGUAGAUAAGGAGAUUGUAGACUCGGAAGAGGAGGAAAAAAAUGAAGAUGAAGAACCAGUGGAGGUCUUACCAUACUCUGGGCUGGCUGAUGUGGAUGUAUGUGCUACAGAGCUUGCAGGAGCAGGGAGGAAAGUAGAAGAAGACACUGCUGAAGAUGAUACACAUAUCGCUGAAGAGGAAAUCUCAGAACCAAAGGAAACUGUUAUACAGUCAUCAUUGUUUCAAUCUGAACCCCCUGAAGGCAAUCAACAAGUAACAGAAGAUCAGGCAGAAACAACAAAGGAGGAGGAAGGAACAGAGACUUCGACUGGGAGAAUACAUGAAAGUUUAACUCAAGUGGAGGGUGGUUUAGACAGUAGUGUUAUACCAAAGGAGGAUUCAUUGGUUGAGAUUAGCUUUGAAGAUGUUCCAGAGGCCGAGCAGAUCAGUGAGAAACAGCCAGAGGAGGAGGACUCAGUGGAGGUCUUCCAGACGGACAUAUUAGAAAUGCAACAGGAAGAAGAAUCCAAGGAAGUUGGAUUGGAAACAGACCAAAAUAUAUCAGAUACACAAGACCACGAAGAACCCGAAAUGGUGAGCGAUGAGAAGGAAAUGAACUCUAAAGGUGAGGAAAUGGAAAGUCAGCAUGAGGGAUCUGAUAUAAUAAAAGAGAAGGUGGACGCAAAUGACUCUAAUGAAAAUGAUGGUGAGGAUGAUGAGAAGGGAGAAGGUGUUAAAACCAUCGCCUCGUCACAUCAGCCCACCAGCGAGGCAGACGAAGAGAACCCAGAGGAUGAAACGGAUAAUAAAAAUGAAGAUAACGAGAAGAAGAGCGAAGGCGAAAUUCACCAGAUUAAGUCAGAGGACGCUGACUUGAAUGAAGAUGGGACAACAGACACAAUAGGAGGCGAUACAGAGGACAUACAUACAGAAGGUUACAGUGAGGUGGAGGAUCAAGAAAUUAAUGAUGGUGGUGCUGAAAAUCACUCAUCCCAAGUAACCCAGUCAAAUACAUCAACUGCUGCUCUGGAGGCAGAGAGUGAAACUUUAGAGGCUCAGCGUCUACCAGAGGAGAACGAGGAGAGUCAGACAACACUUGCAGAGUCACAGCCAGAGGAUACAGAGGUAGAAAAAGAGGUCACAUCAGAGGAGACAAUAUUAGGAGCGGGGGGACUUGUGCAAGAAGAAAAGAUUGAUUCUGAAAAAGAUGCAGUGGGUGAAGAGGGCAGAAUCAGCCCCUCUCAAACUGCAGAUCGGGCAGCUGCUGACCACCUGGAGGAGGAAAGGCCACUUGAAUCUGAAAAGGACUCCACAGAGCCUGAAGGCGACAGUGGUGACAAGCAGGAGGACUGCAGCCGGCCCCAGGAGGAGGAGGACAUCAUGGACAUCCCACUGGAUGACCCGGAGGCCAACAGGGCUGCUGCCAAGAUCCAGGCUGGCUUCCGUGGCCACAUGACCCGUAAGAAGAUGAAGCCGGAGGACAAAGCAGAAGGGGAGGAGGUGAGCAGCACUGGGGAUGUGCUCAACGGCAGCCAGGGGGACACAGAGACAGGAGGAUCGGGGGCAGUAGAGAGAGACGACACAUCUGUGCCAGAGCAGUGACGCCCCUGUCCUGACCUGGAUGAAGAAAAAGAGGGGAAGCAAGGUAGCGAGAGAUGGCUGGCAUAGGCCGGCUGGGCUGGCUUUCAGGCACACCUUUUUACCCCCAGGAGUCAUUUUCUUUUUCAACACAAAUUAGCGUUAGAAAAUGAACCGACAGUUUUUGAGGGUGUGUUGUGUGAAUUUUGUGAACUUUAACACUCCUUCUCUGCUUCUCCAGCAGUACGGAUGUCUUUGACCCAGAAUUUGCAACUUACUGCAUGUACUUGUGAAACUUCUGGUAGUGUGCUAGUUUUUAGAUGAUGAUCUGUGAAUGUGAAAAUGAAUGUCCUCUAAAUGCUAAACAGGGCUUAUUUUGGAUGGAUCACUUCAUACCAUCUGUGUAUAAACCUUGUAUGCAUCAGCGUUAGACUUUGCGUAAUUAGUGGCUUAAAUUAUCUGUUAUUUUGCAUUGUUUUCUGGUGUGCUUGUAUCUUGCCUAUUAUUUAUCCAUUUGACUUGCUCACAAAAAUGAUUAAAACAUCAAAAGCAUCAAAAGAGAAGUAGCUAUGUAUGUUCUAUUUAUUCUAAGUUACUUAAUUCAGAUUGCAAUUGCCUUGAUUAUCUUUUUGACGACAUGAUAAGUUCUCACAUUUUCAAGCAUUUUCUAUAAAUCUGAUCUUCCAGAACAGUCCGCAUGCAGUAUUUACACUUUUUUUUCUCCAGAUGCAUUUGGUAAAGCUUUACCUUACAAUACCUUGGUUCAAUAUGCUCUGUUGUUGUGUUGGUGGGUUCGAAUUGUUUGACUUGUUAAAUCAGAUGUGUGAAAUUACAUUGUCAGACUUUGCAGAGCCUUCAUGCUUUAAAACUAAUUGCAUAGUACAUUGCUGAACUUUGCUGUAGAGUCAUGGCAUUACACUAAUAAAUCCACCUUAAAUAUUCA